UCUGUGCAUUGCAUUUCAUGCCAAAAACAGAGAGAAUAGAGAACCAGCUUCAGCCUUCAGAUAUAUAUGCACAUACAAUUACACAAUACACGUCACUCUCUCUCUCUCUCUCUCUCUCCUGAUUUUUCUCCUUUUUGGGUUUCAAUGUACAAUAGUUCAAUUCUUUAAUGUUCAAAAGUCACCGUAAUCAAACCGAUACCGCAUUCCGAUAACUGGCUUGAGUUUCUUGGGAAGGUCAACAUGCAAGAAGCCCGCCAUUAAAAGCUUCAUUUUGAUCAAACGCCGUCACUGUUUCGUUUCUUAAUUGUCUUAAGAUUCUUGCGAUGAGGAACGAUGAGCAAAGCCGGUCACUGUUUGGGAUUUCGCUUUCUGACAGACCCAAAUGGAAGCAAUUCCUCUUGUGCUCUUCUGGAUUCUUCUUCGGCUACCUUAUCAAUGGCAUCUGCGAGGAAUAUGUGUAUAACAGGCUUCAAUUUAGUUAUGGUUGGUACUUCACAUUUGUUCAAGGAUUUGUGUAUAUUUUCCUCAUUUACCUUCAAGGAUUCAGCACCAAGCAAAUGGUAAACCCAUGGAAGACUUAUGUGAAGCUCUCGGCUGUUUUAAUGGGUUCUCAUGGCCUCACCAAAGGUUCCUUGGCUUUCCUCAACUACCCCGCACAGCUUAUGUUCAAGUCAACAAAGGUUUUGCCUGUGAUGAUAAUGGGGGCGUUUAUACCCGGUUUGAGGAGGAAAUACCCACCACAUGAAUAUAUUUCUGCAGUUCUUUUGGUUGUGGGUUUGAUCCUUUUCACCUUAGCCGACGCACAAACAUCUCCUAACUUCAGUGUUAUUGGUGUUCUGAUGGUAUCCGGUGCUCUAAUCAUGGAUUCCUUUCUGGGUAAUUUGCAAGAAGCAAUCUUCACCUUGAAUCCUGAGACUACUCAGACCGAAAUGCUGUUUUGUUCUACUGUUGUGGGUCUGCCAUUCUUGAUCCCACCCAUGCUUUUAACUGGAGAACUAUUCAAAGCAUGGAAUUCUUGCUCUCAGCAUCCUUACGUGUAUGGUGUGUUAGUCUUUGAAGCCAUGGCCACGUUUAUCGGUCAAGUCUCUGUCCUCUCUCUUAUUGCCCUUUUUGGUGCUGCAAACACAGCCAUGGUGACAACGGCAAGGAAGGCUGUAACAUUACUAUUGUCAUACAUGAUUUUCACAAAGCCAUUGACUGAGCAGCAUGGGACUGGGCUUUUGCUGAUUGGCAUGGGAAUUACAUUGAAGCUCUUGCCUGAUAACAAGCCCACCCAGAAGUCUUCUUCAAAUUCACAUGCUAAGCUUUCAAAACCAUCAACCAGUCAAGAGAUCGGAAUCCAACUACAAAAUGUAAGAGAUCAUGAUGAUGAAGAGAAAAGGCCAUUAGUCUGAAGUUUAAAACAAAGUGUCUCCUCUCCAUUGGCAGUUCAUUGGCAGUUCAUUCAUAUUGUUCAAUAUGAAGAAAAGGCCAUUGGUAGUUCAUUCAUUUUGUUCAAUACUUCUUUCUAGCAAAAUAGAAACUGUAAUCCUGAAUAAUGCUUGCAGAUGGAAUCUUUUCCCUUUGUUUUUUGUUUUUUAAUUCUUUGUACUAGGUUAAUUAACUGGGAUAAGAGUUCCUGAACACAGGACUUCCCAGAAAGACAGAAGUCGCUGUUCUGUGGGGCCGGUGGUCCAUUGUUAAGUGCUUUGGCCAU